GCGAAGCCAAGUGCUAUACAUAAUCCCCACAUUGUUUUUGUCUUAGAAAGAGAAAACAUAAAAAGUAAUGCAUUCAGGCAGCGUUGAACAAAGGCUCCAAGCCUUAGCACAACAUUUUAUUGCCGAGAAAGCAGUGAAACCGGGUCCAGCAGGUCCUGCCAGCACCGCCGCCGGUACAAGCAAACGAGCAGCGGUUCUGGUGUGUUUGUUCAAAGGGGAAGAUGGCGAUCUGCACGUCAUUCUCACAAAGCGAGCCUCAACUCUCUCUUCUAACCCCGGCGAUGUUGCGCUCCCCGGCGGGAAAAGAGAGGAAGGGGAUGCUGAUGACGUGGACACUGCCCUUCGGGAGGCCAAGGAGGAGAUCGGCUUGGACCCUUCCCUAGUCAACGUUAUCACCGUUCUUCAACCCAUUGUAACCAAGCGUGGUAUGGCUGUGGUUCCUGUAAUUGGCCUACUUUCAGACAUAAAAGCAUUUAGUCCAGCUCCAAAUGCUGCAGAAGUGGAAGCAAUGUUCUAUGCUCCCUUGGAAAUGUUUCUCAAGGAUGAGAAUAGGAGAGCAGAGGAGAGAGAAUGGAUGGGAGCCAAGUAUCUGUUACAUUAUUUUAACUAUGAAGCAGAUGGUAAAGAGUAUGUCAUCUGGGCUUUAACUGCUGGCAUUCUGAUAAGGACUGCAUCAAUUGUGUACCAAAGGCAGCCACCAUUUUCCGAGCAGAGGCCGAAAUUCUGGAGUGAUGUUGCUCAGAACACUGCCAUGCCAUAGGUUUUUAUGUCAUCGUAUUCACAACCAGCAUUGCUCGAGUCAAUAUCUAUCAACUUUGAGCUUAGAUUUCAAAGUGUUAAUGCAGAGUGUUAAGAGAUUUUCCUAUGCAUAUCUCCGGCAGAGACCGAAAACCUUCUCUAUAGCAGUUUCUCUUCACCACUUUCUCACAUGUUAUAAUGACAAAGUAAUGAUAAAGUUUAUGCACAGUUCUUAGUCU